AAACUGCAUACUACUCUACUAAAUAGUUUGUCAGUACACCAUUGGUAUCAUUACUAUUUAGGCAUACUAUAUAGUGUGCAGUAUGUAGUUUGAGAUGCAUCGUUGCAUUCUUUCUGAAUCUGUAUUUUCUACUCUAUUUUCUAGGGUGAAAUUCAAAAAACGUACACACAGAAGCUUUAAAUAAAACAGUCAAAUAUGAGGAGCAAGGCCAGGGGCUAAAAGACAAGCUAGGGAGCAGAGGGUUAAAAACCAAGAUUUUAAUAAGAGCACCUUACAUGAAAAAAAGAAAAAUAAUUAUGCACAAUGCUCUGAUAAGUCACAGUAAAUUUCAAUAUCAUAUUCAUAUGCCUCUAAUCAUGCCAUGAUUAUACCGUUUCUUGAACUGGUAAAAACAAUUGUUGGUACUCUGCUUUCUGGCAUGUUAUUGCAUAUGUUAAUGGUUUUAGCAAACCAUUAAGUAAUUUUGAAGCAAUUACAUUACAUAGUUUCUUUUAUAUUAUAUUACAUUACAUUACAUUACAUAGUUUCUUUUAAAUAACAUUACAUUACAUUACAUAGUUUCUUUUAUAUUACACUAGUUAGAUAUUUAGUUCCAUAACACUAACUACUGCAAUAUUAGCUAACCUAUUUGUAUCAGAAUGUGAAUAAUAAAUAUACCAAACUAUGCUCAUGUAGAAAAUUAGGUACACUUCAAUGUUUUACUUUUUUCUGUGUCAUCCUGCUACCUCUAGCGCAUAGUCUUCAUUUACUUUAUUCCACUUAUUUAAAAUUAUAAUUGGUUGAGUGAUAUACCCUUUAAGUUUGUUAGUUUGUUUGUUUGUUUGUUUACCUGUAGGACAGAUAAAUCAAUAGAUAAAUAAAAUGCAAUGCCAAAGAGAACCUUGUAACAAUAACAUCAAGCAGUGUUCAAUGAAUGUGUGUCCCAUAAAGGGUGCUGAUGCAUGGGAAGUGGCUGGGCAUCAGACAUUAAAUGGAGGUUUGUUGUUCCAUGUUGGGCCACAGCUGCUCUGUCUGAUUCCAAUGGGAAAUACCUCUAACCCCGCCAAGGUGCCAAAGAGCCAACGGUGACGCAUAUCUUACUCCAGCUUUUAUAAUCCCACACUGAAACUGCACUGAUGCUGCACUAUAAUUCCCUGGGAACAUGCCAGGAUUUAUUUCUGAUUUGAUUUUAUUUUAUUGUCUUAGAAAUGAGUAUAUUUCAUCAGUUUAAGCAAUAAGUGUCCCAUGAUGUGUUUGAAAAUUAUGUAUGUAAAAGUUCAUUUUUAAAUAUUCAGCAUAUUUGAAAUAGUAAUGUGUGUGUGUGUGUGAUUCUGUAGAAAGUGUGUGUGAGAGAAAAGCAGACACGCAGCAGCGCAAACAAUGAAAGGGUCCGCAAUUAAUGGCAGGGAUCAGCUGGUCUAAUGUCAUUAUACAUUCCCUUCAUUUUCUACAGUGGGGCCGUUUGAUCUUUGAAUACCCACCAGACCCUCCUCCCUCCUUCCAUCCCUCUCUCGCUCCCUCCUGCUCACUGUUCCUCUCUGGCUUCCUCCUCCCUCCUCCCUUUCUCCUCUUGCCAUCAGAACCUCCCCCUUUCUGUCUCCGUGGGCUCACAUUGGCUUGUGUGUGUGUGUGAGUGUGUGAGUGUGUGUGUGCGCGCGCGCGCGUAUGUGUGUGUGUGUGUGUGUGUGUGAAAGUGCACGGCAGAGGCUUGAUGACAGAGGGCCCUGGACCAUUCCAACGCUCAGCACACCUCCCCAGCACACACAGAGCAGCUGAGUCCGACACCAACAACACAGAGAAAGCAAAGGCAAAGAGGAGGAGAGAAAAGCCCAUCAGAAAGAGGAAGCUGAGAAAGAGAGACAGUGAGUGAGAGAGAGGGAGAAAGAGAAAGAGAGAGAGAGAGAGGGAGGGAAAGAGAGUGUGUGAGAGAGAGUGAAAGAAAGAGAGAGAGAGAGAGAGAGAGAGCAGGAUCUCCCAGCUUGAUGCGCAAAACGUCCCGUUACCACAUGCUGUGCUCCAUGGCGAACACGGGCUGCGUGCUGCUCUCCGGCUCUGGGCUGUUACCUCACUCGCUCCAGUGUCCACCUGCUUUCCUCUAUCUGACCGAGGGUAACCAGGAGGCACCUGCCCCUCCAGAGGCCAUGGCUCAGCCGUAUGCCCCGGCGCAAUACCCCCCUCCCCCUCCUCAGAACGGGCUGCCCGGCGAGUAUGCCCACCCCGGGCAGGAGUACACAGGGCCAAACCCGGUGCCCGAGCAUGCAGCUGCCCUCACCAUCUAUACAACCACACAGACACACAGUGAUCCAACCGGUACUGAGAACAGCACGUCCUCACUCACAGCGCCCAGCAACGUACCACAGGCAGAUGAGGUGGCGCAGACAGAGGGCUCCCAGCAGCUCCAGCUCCAGCCCUCAGACUCUUCGGAGAAGCAGCAGCCCAAGCGGUUACACGUCUCCAACAUUCCAUUCCGCUUCCGUGAUCCGGACCUCCGGCAAAUGUUCGGGCAAUUUGGGAAAAUUUUAGAUGUGGAAAUUAUUUUUAACGAGCGGGGCUCUAAGGGCUUUGGUUUUGUAACUUUUGAAACAAGUGCAGAUGCAGACCGUGCAAGGGAGAAACUAAAUGGUACAAUCGUAGAGGGACGCAAAAUUGAGGUAAAUAAUGCAACAGCAAGAGUAAUGACAAACAAAAAAGUGGCUAACCCCUACACAAACGGCUGGAAGCUGAACCCAGUGGUGGGAGCUGUCUAUGGUCCUGAAUUUUAUGCAGUCACAGGCUUCCCAUACCCAACUACAGGGGCAACAGUGGCAUAUAGAGGUGCCCACUUGAGGGGCCGGGGUCGUGCAGUUUACAACACGUUCCGUGCCGCACCUCCACCUCCUCCCAUUCCUGCUUAUGGAGCCGUGGUUUACCAAGAUGGCUUCUAUGGUGCCGAGAUCUAUGGUGGCUAUGCGGCAUACAGGUAUGCCCAACCAGCCGCAGCAGCUGCAGCAGCUUACAGUGACAGCUAUGGCAGAGUCUAUGCAACAGCAGACCCUUAUCACCACACGAUUGGACCUGCAGCCACAUACAGUGUGGGCACUAUGGCUAGCCUAUACAGAGGAGGGUACAGUCGCUUCACUCCAUACUAAAGACAGAAAAUUCAUCCCCAGACAAAACAAAAAGCAAACAAAAAUGCAAACAACCCACCUUCUCCUUUCCUGGGAAACUAAAUAGAACAAAAUGCUUCCAGGUUACCACCGACCCCACGUUGUACACCCUAUCAAGUCAAACCUCUUAACAUUUGUGCGAUUUUAUCAUGUUUUCUCCGGUGUGUGUGUGUGUGUGUCACUGUUGUAUUGAUUUGGAAUCUGUUUUGUUUGUAUUGAAAUGUGUGGGCCAAGAAAGGAGGGGCUGAAUGACAGCUUGUGGGGAGGAGAGGUGCUGUUCAAUGAGCUUUCUCAUUUAGUCUGGCCUUAGAUUUAUGGGCAUGAGCUCAGCUGAUUUAUGUUAUGAGGGAGUGAAGGGAGAGGGCCUCGCACUGGCUUUAUGCGUAUUACUCAAUGGCACUGCACUAAGCAACAUGUGCAAAGCAACUAUCUGGCCAGAAACACAAGCAUACUUAAUUCUCUGCUCCUGCUUGACUGAUACAAAAAAGAACAUCUGGUUGUAUCACAAGUGUUGAAACUGGGGUUUGGUAGCAAUGAUAUAUACAGUAUGAAUAUGUCACCGUUGCUUUCUUUUGAAAGUGGUGCUAGGAUAUCAGAGUUAGUGCACCCUUCUAACUCAUUUUAACCACUUCUCUAAAGCAAUUUCAGAGGAAAAUGGAAAUUUUGAAGGGAUUUGUUUCAAAAGCUAAGCCCUUUAUUAUGGAACAGUAGCUAAGCUGCCCUUCUGCUGAAUAUUGUACAUCUGUUAUAAUAUUUACAUUUCUGUUUUACCUAAAAAUGCUCAUUGGCACAGCUCUCUCCUCACCUUCCAGGAACCAAUACAAUGUCUUCAGGCCAGUUUUACCUUUUUAUUUAACCCUUAUUCACAAACCCAUGCUGAUGUCAAUGUGAAGUAAGAAAUAAUUUACAGUUGACCCAAAUGUAUUCCAUUGCUACAGACCAGCCUAAUAUUUCAAGAAAUAGUAAAUGCAGUUCAUUUAGUUUCUUUUUUUUCUUGUCCAUCUCAUGAAAGAUGCUGACAUUCUCAAGUGAUUUAAAAUAAAAUAUUUUCUAAGCAUGUACUGUAUAACAUCAGAAAUAUAAACUUGACCAUAAUUAUAUUCAAAUCUAAAUGAAACAAAACAAUACUCUAUAAAAUCUCUUUUAGGGGAACAGAGCUAUUAUAUUCAUGAUCAAGUGCCCUGAGCAAGACUUCCCAGUACGAGUGUGCACUUAAUCACAGCUAUUAUCUCCGUCUCUUAUAUCAUUCUGUAAAUAAACAUAGAGUAUUAAUAUCACAAAGGGAGAGCGCUUUGGUACUACAUGGUCUGUUGCACCCUCUAGCUGAUAAAAUCUUGAAAUCCCACUGCAGCUUAAAUGAAGACAGUGAAGGCAGAGCGGUGCGCUGUUGAAAUAUUCAUUGCUGUUGUGGCACACACUUCUUCUUAAAGGUCACUGUUGCAAUGAGAUGCUGAAAUACAAUCACGAGAUAAAACUGUUAAAAAAGGCAAAAAGUGCCAAGUAAGUUUAAAAUGAGAAACAAGGAGGCUUCCCUUUCCCUUGAGAUUCUGCACAUUUUGCAGAGAUGAAGCACCAUAGGGUACUGAGCAACAUGUUCAGCUAUUGAUUUGCUGUUGAGGUACUUGUUAAGCGCUUGGUGUGUCCCACCAAGUCAUAUAUUUCUGGAACAUUAUUAGCUGGCCAAAAAUGUAUAGGUGGCUUCAGAAUCCUUAAUAAGACAGCAAAGAUUUAAGAGUUCUUUCAAAGAGGAAGGGAGAGUAAGAUGAACGGGCCAGGUUUUGAGAAAAUCAAUCGAACCUUAUCAGACAUGGUCUGUACCUCCUCUCAGGUAAGAUCUAUAUGUUAACCAUGUCACACUAUCCUAGAUUGAAUCACUCCGAGAGAGUGGUUUUUACCCUUGAAAUAUAUUUAGCUUGUUGUCUGCAUUCAGGAUUUUACAUGUGCAUACCCCUAAAUAUGGGUAUAUUCUAGCAUUCUAGUAGCGUUUCUUAUGAAUCAUGGCAUUCUUCCUCCCAGUGGAGAAGUUCACAGGUGAGAAGCUCUCUCUCAAGGUGACAUUAUGCUCAGACCCAGCACUUUGUAGAAAGCCAGUGAUAAGACAUGCUAGGCCUUUAGAGAACAUACUGCGAGAGAGAGUGUGUAAGAGAGAGAAAGAGUGGGAGAAGCCAAUAAUCCUUUCUGUGAAAUAGGGCCUCUCUCGUUUCCAAGUUGUUCAGGGCGUUGAUCAUGUCCCUGAGGCUCAGAAGCAGCUCACAUCCCCAUACACUGACACACACCCUGCCCAGUAAAUAGCUGCCUGCUCACUUCAAAUGGAAUAGAAAGGUGGGAGUUAUAGAAGAAAGGGAGAAAAGAUUCAGGACGGAGGGGCAGCAUCCAAAGCAAUUUACUCCACAGAUUAAAGAUAACACCAUUGAGUCAAUAACCACUGAUCUCAUUUGAAGAUACACCAGGCUUACUCUGCGCAUGGCGCUGCUGUUCGGCUCGUUCUAUUACCAUAGCAGUUGUGGCUUCAGACACGCCAUUCUCCUGCUAGACUGAAAUCACAUGCAGCCCAUUGUAAAACAGUGAUUGGAUGCAGUGCUUCCCCCUCUUUGAAGAAAAAAUCUACCGUACAACAUAAUAUUUCACUUAAAUAAGCGUUCUCUUCACAUCCACCACCACUUCUCCACCUCUAUGAGCUUCGUCUUCUUCUUUAAAGAGGAUUUUUUUGUGUGUGUUGAUAAAAAGAAAUAAAGUUAGCAGUUGAGCCCAACCCUUUCCUAACUACUAUAAUGCUGGUUAAAUAUUUAAUCAGUUUCUUAUGAACACUGCUAAGAUAAUGAUGGUAACAUCAAGUACAAUUAUUAACACAUUUAUCAUUGUUAAAUGUUUUAUAUAUAUAUAUAUAUAUAUAUAUA